UUUAUUUGUCUCCGUGGCCUGGGAAAACUGCUCUUGCUCUAUGUCGAUUGCCAUUGACUUAACGUCGUCAACGGAUUCGUUUGAGUAAUAGAUGUAUAUUUGAAAAUAUAUAAGAAUUCUUGCACAAUACUCCGAUUAAUAUAAGAGUGUUAAGAUGUCAUCUCGGGGACGAGGUUAUGGAGGGCGGGGUAACUACAGCGGCCGUGGAAGUGGUUAUAGAGGAUCAUUUCGUGGUAACGGGAGUCGCGGCGGAUAUGAUGGCGGCCGUGGGGGCCGAGGAGGCGGCUACUCAACCUAUAACGAAAAUCGAUACAACAGUAACAAUGCCAACAGAUAUUCAUCAAGUCGGGAUCGCAUAGAAGAAACUUAUAAAAAGACUUAUCGAACUGAAAGUUCAGCUAGUUAUUCAAAUCGUGACUAUGGUGGUCGAUCAGGCUCUCCAGAACGCAAACGGAUGAGAAUGGAGGGCUCAUCGAGCGAUAGACGUAGCCACGAUGGCGGCAGUCACUAUGGCGGCUCGUACGGCGGUAGACAGGAGGGUUACGGCGAGCGGCGGUCGUUCGCGAGCGAGGACAGGCGGCGGUCGCCGGCUCGAGAGUAUCGCAAGCCCAGUGGCAUGGGGCCGCCGCGAGAGCCGCUCCGAGCGCUCGUCCGGCCGCGGGCUGCGCGACGCUCAUUCCGCGGACGAACAUUGCGCACUCGCCCCCUCUAUCGGGGAGCCCCCCGUUCCCGUGGAUCCUUCUCCUCUAGGCGAUUUGCUGAAAGAUCGCUGGGGUACACCCGCACAUUUAGAACUACUAAGGGGCGAAGCUCUGUUAAAUCAAAAGAAGAUGAAGCAUCUUCCACAGAGGAAGAUUGGGAAGCUGAUGAGAAAGAGGAAGUCAUAGAAGAGAAGAAAGAAACCAAGAACAAGUCGCCAGAAGUCAGUGCACCAGAAGUCGAGGGGUCAGAAGGUGAGGCAGGUGAAGGCGGAGAGGAUACUGAUAAAGAACCAGAUGCUGCGUCAGAUACGGCUCCAUCGCGUCCCUAUGUUCAUCUUGCCUGUGUUCACUGUAAAGAGAAAUGUGUUACUUUUGGAAGUUACACCAAACACCUUUUGUCGAGUAAGCAUCGUGCCGCUAUGAGUUCAGUGGCUCGUCGCCAUAAGCUAGAGUUGCUACGUAUGCGUGUAGCUCAGCGCGGCGCGCAACGUGACCUGGAGGCUGCGGCAGGCGCCGAGCUGGCGGCCCGUACCACUUUCUGUCUUGUGUGCCGCCUCAACCACCGUACCACGAGACACGCGCAUAACCUCACCGACACUCACCGCGCCAUGAAACGACUUCUGAUGCCAUUCUGCCGCAUCUGUCGUAUCACUUUCCGCUCACCCAUGAUUUACGAACACCAUAUUUGUUCCGUGGAACAUCUUAAGAAAAAGGCCAGUCUUAACGCUCGACGGGCGAGCCCAAAGGCUGAAGCUAGUGCUGAUGAGGGUAUGGAUGUGGAUUUGGAUAACUUCAUGACGUUGGACUCUGUGGGUGAUGUUGAUGAAGUUGAAGAUGAUGACUCCGGCGGUGAGAAAAAAGAUGAAUCUGCCCCAAAAAAAACAAAAGUUGAGAUAAAUAUUGGUAGCGAGCAUAUUAAGAAGUUAGAGGUUCACUGGUGCGAGCUAUGUCGCGUGUAUUUGCCGCGUGUGGAAGCUGGUAGUGCUGAGGAGGCGGAAGCUCUUCGCCGUCACUGCCGUCUGCGUGUCCACCUCGGUCGGUAUGUGCAGCACCGGGACACGCGCACACUACGCCGCCACGCAGAGAGAAUACACCGCCAGCUACACCAACAAAAGGAAGAUGAAAAAGAAGUUGCCGCUUCUGAAGAAGUAGCCGAUAAGGAAAAAAUUGAAAAAAAAGAACCUUCUGUUGAAAACGCAAAUUUGGAAAAUGGAGCUGAUCUGUCAAAUAUUUCUGGAAGCGAAGAUAAAUUGUGGGCUGAUGUGGAUAAGGAUAUCGGCGAGUUAUUAAGAGAAGUGGAUCCUCAGGGAAAUGAAGCUAGUGACGAUGACGAAGACCUUGGAAGGUAUGAUAAAUUUCGUAAAAGUGAUAAAAAACCAAAGGCUGAUUUAGAAGAAGGUGAAGAUGCUAAAGAAGAAAUCUCCAAUGAAAAAGCAAAUGUAGAAGUAAAAACAUCUAUUUGAGUUUUCGAUUUAAGAAUCGUAUUGGAAAAACAAUAAAAUUUCAUUCAUAUAAUAAAUGUGUAAGAAAUAUAAAAUUUUUAAAAUAGUUAGUGUUACAUAAGCUCUAUACUAUAUUAAUGAUACGAUUUCUUAGUUAAUAAAUGCGUUUGUUUUUAAUGGUA